GCUGGGGGGUGACUAGGGGCGCUAGCGGGGCCCCGGAGCUGGGGGCAGAGAACCACAGGGGUGGGAGGAACUUCUUCCAGAACCUUCCUUUGGCCUGGGCUGCGCUCUGAGCCAGGCCCCACAUUCGUAUUCGGAGGAGGCGACCUCCGGGUCGUGGGACGGAACCGCGCGUCCGGGAGGCUGUGUAACUGGAGCCGCAGGAGUCAGAGGGCCGGAGAGCGUGGCGGCCACCCUCGGCUCAGCCCUUGGAUGUUGACCGCCCCCUCGGAGAGUCCCCGCAGACAUGGCGGAGAGCUGGCUACGCCUCUCUGGAGCCGGGACGGCAGAGGAGGCCGGGCCGGAGGGCGGCCUGGAGGAGCCCGACGCCCUGGAUGACAGCCUGACCAGCCUGCAGUGGCUGCAGGAAUUCUCCAUUCUCAACGCCAAGGCCCCCACCCUGCCCCCGGGGGGCACCGACCCCCACGGCUACCACCAGGUUCCAGGCUCAGCCGCGCCAGGGUCCCCUCUGGCGGCGGAUCCCGCCUGCCUGGGGCAGCCACACACGCCAGGCAAGCCCACGUCGUCGUGCACGUCUCGGAGCUCGCCCCCGGGACUGCAGGCCCCGCCCCCAGACGACGUGGACUACGCCACCAACCCUCACGUGAAGCCGCCCUACUCGUACGCUACGCUCAUCUGCAUGGCCAUGCAGGCCAGCAAGGCCACCAAGAUCACCCUGUCCGCCAUCUAUAAAUGGAUCACGGACAACUUCUGCUACUUCCGCCAUGCCGAUCCAACCUGGCAGAAUUCCAUCCGCCACAACCUGUCCCUGAACAAGUGCUUCAUCAAAGUACCUCGGGAGAAGGACGAACCCGGCAAAGGGGGCUUCUGGCGUAUCGACCCCCAGUAUGCAGAGCGCCUGCUUAGCGGGGCCUUUAAGAAGCGGCGGCUGGCCCCGGUCCACAUCCACCCGGCCUUUGCCCGCCAGACCGCGCAGGAGCCCAGCACCGCCCCGUGGGCCGGGCCGCUGACCGUGAACACCGAGGCCCAGCAGCUGCUGCGGGAGUUUGAGGAGGCCACUGGGGAGGCGGGCUGGGGUGCAGGCGAGGCCAGGCUUGGGCAUAAGCGCAAACAGCCACUGCCCAAGCGGGUGGCCAAGGUCCCAAGGCCCCCCAGUUCCCUGCUGCUGACCCAGGAGGAGCAGGGCGAGCUGGAACCCCUCAAAGGCAACUUUGACUGGGAGGCCGUCUUCGACGCCGGCUCUCUGGGAGGGGAGCUGGGCACGCUGGAGGCCCUGGAGCUGAGCCCGCCGCUGAGCCCCACUUCGCAUGGGGACGUGGACCUCACUGUCCACGGCCGCCACAUCGACUGCUCCUCUACCUGGGGGCCUUCAGUGGAGCAGGCUGCCGACAGCCUGGACUUUGAUGAGACCUUCUUGGCCACGUCAUUCCUGCAGCACCCCUGGGACGAGAGUGGCAGUGGCUGCCUGCCUCCGGAGCCCCUCUUUGAGGCCGGGGAUGCCACCCUGGCCGCUGACCUGCAAGACUGGGCCAGUGUUGGCGCCUUCUUGUAAGAGGCUAGGCCCCGCCCCACCUCCGGACAGCACCCAAGUCAGAGCCCAGACUGCCCCCCAACACAGGCCCAUGGAACCCUACCGCCCAGGCAGGAGCUGGGCCCACGAGGCCACAGGGCCCCUAGCCCAGGCUGCCCUCAGAUUACAGCCCAGGAGGCUAAGAACUGAGGUCCAGGACCAGAAUUGCUGCCUCCUCUCCCUCGCCCCCAUACACACAGUGUUUCAUUGACCCUCACCUGCCCUGCCCGGGGACCAGCUAAAGAGUCCCUGCACUGUGAGAGCUGCGGCCUGGACGGACCCUGGCCAGGCUGGGAGGCAACAGGGCUGGGCCCGCCCCCGCUCCCGCCCCCGCCCCUGAGCACCUCCGCUUCAAUGCCUCCUCCUCUCCCGCUUUCCCCCCCAGGUCUCUAUCCAGAGAAAGUUCCCAGGUACAACAAAUGCUAAUUAGGUGACAGCAAAUUAAGCCCCUGGAGGCCUCUCCCAGCAAAGCCUCCCUGGGGCUGGGGCGGGCAGCAGAGGGGGCAGAGCUGGGGGGAGGGGGCAGAGAGAAGAGACAGAAAUGUGGUCGCGGUGCCGCAUGGGACAAGGACAUUUUCUAAGGCCUCUGGGGUCUUCUCCUGGCCCCAUCCCUAAAGGUGGACAGAGGGUAGAAAUCCCUAGUUUUUGAACCCGACUGGAGGCUGAGAACAGCUGGGAGUUGGGAUUCUGGGGGGCAGGGGCGCCACGCUGCAGAGGGGAGGGGACAGACAGACUAACGUAGUGAGUGUAGCUAUAGCUAAGGCUUAACAGGGAUGCCGACUGAGAUUGCUAGAACCACUGGGACCAGGAAGGGGGGAUCGCCCUGUCCCCCUGCCUGCACUUGUUGGGGGAGGAGUAUCUUGCUCCACCUGAGGCCCCCCCCCCCGGGGCUGCAUCCCACAUCCACCCUCCUGCCUCAUGGAGCAGUCUAACCUUUUUCAUGGAAAGUUAUUUACAAUAAAAUUUUUUUUUGAAAAUAAAAUUUUUUUAA